AUGGUGGGGCCAACCCCUCUAUCCACGGGUUUAUCAAUCUGUCUUUCUCCAGCUUGGCACGAGAUCCAACCACUCAAUUCGACGCGUUGGACCAUGAACAGUGGUCGCACUCGACGCCUAUCGAGUUCGGACGACGACGUUCGACUGCCGUCCAAUGCCACAUACUUCGCCUUCGACGGCAGCAACUCCGAUCUGGCGAGACAGCUGUACCUGCGGGCCAAAGCUGGUGGCUCAGAGCAAAAGUACUCUGGUUUAGUACUACCGGGCGCAAUUCAGCGUCGUCUUGAGGACGUCGAUCUCGAGUGGGAUGACCUACCGGGCAUCGCCCAACGCGCGUUGCUGUGGGACUCGGGCUUCGGCGUCACAGUGGACAACAGGGUCGUCCAGAUAUGGACACUUGGCGGGCACUCCAUGAGCGACUUGGCCGUUCCACUUGACCAGUUCAGAGCUGUGGAAUGCGAGGAGACGAAUUGCACGCAGCCUGGCACGACCAUCGUGAGUCGAAGCAACUUGUACUGCAGCGGUACGCAGAUGCUCACUGCAGCUCGUUGCGUCGUCGAGGACUUCGAUGAAAGCGACAGGCUUCAUCUCGCCAUGUGGAUGACUGGUGGCAAUCCUACCGUGAUCCCGACGCCGCAAGUACGGAAACAUUCGUGGAAGGAUGACUUCAGCAACAUUUCAUACGUCGUCAUGGCUGUACACACGGUGGUUGGUGACGAUGAAGCCGCUUAUGGCGAGUGUCCCAAGGAACAAAACGGUGGCUAUGGAUCGCUCGUGUUGCCGUGUCACACAACGAAAUACCUCACAGACGAUGUGAGAGAUGCGAUGGAAGAAGUUCAGGGGUCUCCCUGGGUUACAAAAUGGUUUCGUGAAGAGUACUCAGAAAUGUCGAAGACUACAUCAGCGACCUCCUCUGACAAAGACGGCGGGUUUAACGCUGUGCUGAUCGCUCCCAUUCUCGCUGGUGUCCUCGUCGUCGUCGGCCUGAUUGCUCUGUUUGUAUUUGCGAAGCGUAAACGACAACGUAACAUUGAAGGAGACGCCCUCGAAGACUCGCUGAUCUACUUAGACACGUGCCGUCCUGACAGUUUAAAGCAAGACAACGCAGCUGAAAGUGAGUUCGCCCACGGUGACGGGUCCACCGCUAAAACACUCGAUGACACGUUGACUGUUUCGCACAAAGGUGUCGACAAGACCAUCAAGUUUAAGUCGAGUACCAGCUCUGCCAGUGACUUCGGUUCCGGGCCCAACAGUACCCUCCAAAUCCUGCUAAACAGUGAGGGCCUCAUUGGAAAACGAAUCCCCUACGACAGUCUCAGUUUCAAGAAAUCUCUGUCGAAAGGAGCAUGUGGAGAGGUGUGGCUGGGCGAGUACGAAGGCCAGCAAGUCGCCAUCAAGCGAUUGCUGCAAAUCAAAUCGCACCGCGCGGAUGAAGUGGAGGAGUUUGCACGCGAGAUUGAGCUUAGUGCCAGUUUGGUUCACCCCAACAUCGUGUCGUUUAUUGGUGUGGCGUGGAAUAGUCUCAGCAACCUGGUGAUGGCACUCGAGUUCUUCCCGAUGGGAGACUUGCAGGAGUAUCUGGCCAAGAAUGGCGACUUGUUGUCUUGGCCUCGGGACAAAAUCCAAAUUGCUGUUGGUGUAGGACGUGCCCUCGAGUAUUUGCACUGUCGGUCGCCUCCUCUGAUCCAUCGCGACCUCAAGUCAAAGAACAUUCUGCUGACAAGUCGACUGGAGGCCAAACUUAUCGACUUUGGUGUAAGUCGGGAUCGACAGGAGUACUCGAUGACUGCUGGAGUCGGCACGCCGUACUGGACAGCGCCUGAAGUCCUGGAAGGCAAGCGGUACACGGAGCAGGCGGACAUCUACUCGUUCGGGGUGGUGCUGACGGAGCUGGACACCAGCAAGGUCCCGUAUCACGACGCUUUGACAGCUGAAGGCAAGAAGCCAAAACCAUUCCAGAUUUUGACGGAUGUUAUGGCAGGUAUGUUGCGUCCUAGUUUCUCUGAGAAUUGCCCGUCAAGGAUCCGCCGUAUUGGUGUGGCCUGCUGCCAGCACGAUCCGAUUCGUCGACCGACGGCAGCUCAAGUUGCAGAUAUGUUGCAAGCAGCAGAUUAG